GUAAACGCCACUUCGUUGCAAAGUACUGCAAAUCUUUAGCAUCUGAACGGUGAAUUAUAAGUGAAUUAUAAUACGGGAAGUAUCAGAGCAUCACAAAUGCCAACUAAUUGCACAAAUAUUAUCUUGUUCAUAAUGGUGACAACUUGCGCAGCUACGCCAAUUCUUUUUCUAAAUCCCGGAACGAUGUUCACCCAUCCAGCUGUUAUAAUUAAUUCUGAGAUGGAAGAUAAUUUACCUUAUCAAUUACGAAAUAAUUUCUACAAAAAUCCAAGUAUUGCUGCUGGUCUCGCUAAGGAAUCCUGGUUUAUCGAUAAGGAAAUGCAGGUAAUCGAUCGAGAGGCGGACAAAAUCCCAAAGGAAAAGAUUUACAAUGUGCUACAUAACGCUGGACUCGUUCGCAGAUAAUAUCAAGAUAAUAAAGAAGAAUUGUUGGCGAAUUCGAUUGGGAGCACUUGUACUUGUGCGCACUGGUGCAUAUAAAAAUUGUUAUACACCGAUUUAAUCUGAGUGUAAAAGUGAGAAGCAAACAUUUAAAAUUAUAAAAUACAUAUUUUCCCUAAUAACACAAUGAAGUAUUUCACGAUUUAACCGGUUUCUAUGUUUAUGAUAAACAUAUGUCUCAAUUUACGACGUCUUUAAUUGACGUGCAUCAGUGCGCACUGCGAGUGCAUCCAAUUCGCUGUGUGUUGUUAAAUAUGUUUCGAUUUCCACAUAUUCAUGCAAUAAUUUAGUUCUUGCUCUUUGCUCGUUCGUUCGAGCUUGUGCUCUAUCGUUCAGAAUUUAAUUAAAACAUAAUGUCACAAUUUUGAUAUUUUAUAGUUGAUAUUUUAUACUGUUUUUCCACAUUCUGCAGAUUACAGUCGAUUUUAGUUAUUUCUUAAUUACUUUGAUUAUGAUCUUAUAAAUGUAAUACGCACAGUUAG